AUGGAUUGGCUCAACAUCUCUCGAUGUCUUCAUCAAACAGAAGAGGAUGUGGGGCCACUACGGAGAUACCUAAACAGUACAGAGGACUACCUCGCCUUCUUAUAUGGGCCCAGGCGAAGCCACUUGUUCUUGCCUAUGGCUUGGGUUUAUGCACUGAUUUUCAUUGUUGGAGUAUCUGGCAACCUUUUAGUCUGCCUGGUGAUUCUCAAGCACAGGAACAUGAAAAGUCCCACAAACUACUAUCUCUUCAGCCUGGCUGUUUCAGACUUGCUGGUCUUGCUCUUUGGCAUGCCCUUGGAAGUCUAUGAAAUGUGGAGCAACUACCCUUUCUUGUUUGGACUAGUGGGGUGCUAUUUUAAGACUGCGCUGUUCGAGACAGUGUGCUUUGCCUCCAUCCUGAAUGUCACCACAGUGAGCAUUGAGAGGUAUGUGGCCAUCCUUCACCCCUUUCGAGCCAAGCUGAAGGGUACAAGACGGCGUGCCCUGAGGAUCAUCAUUGCCCUCUGGCUUCUCUCCGUCCUGUUUUCUAUUCCCAAUACCAGCAUCCAUGGCAUUGUGCUUCAAUAUUUCCCAAAUCACACAGAGGUCCCAGGAUCUGAGACAUGUGGUGUGGUCCAGCCCAUGUGGAUCUACAACUGCAUCAUCCAGCUAACUUCUUUUCUCUUCUAUAUGCUGCCAAUGUGUGUCAUCAGUGUGCUGUACUGCCUAAUGGGACUGAAACUAAGACGAGACCGUUCCUUGGAAACAGAUGAAAUGGGAAUGAAUGUUAAAAGACCCUCCAGAAAGUCUGUCACUAAGAUGCUAUUUGUUCUAGUAAUUGUUUUCGGAAUAUGCUGGGCUCCAUUCCACACAGACCGACUUUUCUACAGUUUUGUUGCAAACUGGACAGAACCUCUUGCCAAUAUAUUCAACUUAAUCCAUGUGGUGUCAGGGGUUUUCUUCUACCUGAGUUCUGCUGUGAAUCCUAUCAUCUACAACUUGCUGUCCAGGCGUUUUAGGAUGGCUUUCCUGAAUGUCAUCUCUCCUCAGUGCAAGCACUUGCACCCCAGACACACCAGCCACCUGCCACCCCAGAGGAGCAUCUUCAUGUUGGUAGAACGCAACACGAUGGGAUCUGCUGAAGAGAGAAGCCUCCCAAAUAUGCAUAGGUCAUCUGUAUGCAGCUCUCACUUGUCUAGUGGUCUCUAG